UAUUCACAUGUUUUAUUCGAUUUUGCACCUACUCCUUUUGUGUAUAAAUAGGGCAUUAUUACAUUGUCUUGUCUUCAACUCAUCUCAGUUCAUUAUUGUAGGUGGCCUUUCAAAAGUAUAGUGAAGGUUGUGUUUCAUUUCUGAAGGCAGAUAUGAGUUAUGUGAAUCCUUCCAUGACCUCUGGAAGUAGAACGGCUAGGAGGACUCUGGAGUUCGGGAGGACAUAUGUGGUGAGGCCUAAAGGAAAACACCAGGCUACAAUAAUUUGGCUGCACGGUCUUGGUGAUAAUGGCUCAAGUUCUUCUCAACUCUUGGAGAGCCUAUCUACUCCUAAUAUCAAAUGGAUAUGUCCAACAGCCCCGACUCGUCCUGUGGCUAUGCUUGGUGGAUUUCCUUGCACUGCAUGGUUUGACGCGGGAGAACUUUCUGAUGACACGACUGAUGAUCUUGAAGGCUUAGAGGCUUCAGUUGCACAUAUCGCGAACUUACUGUCAACUGAACCAGCUGACGUUAAACUUGGUAUUGGAGGCUUCAGCAUGGGUGCUGCUACUGCACUCUACUCAGCAACUUGCUUUGCGCAGGGGAAAUAUGGAAAUGGAAACCCUUACCCUGUCAACUUGAGGGCUGUCAUAGGUCUCAGUGGGUGGCUUCCUGGUUCCAGGAAUGUGAGGAACAAGAUUGAAGGAUCGCACGAGGCUGCAAGAUGUGCUGCAUCUUUACCUAUUCUACUCUGUCAUGGAAAAUGCGAUGAAGUUGUUCCUUAUAGAUAUGGAGAGAGGGCUUACCAUGUCUUGAGCUCAGCUGGAUUCAGGAAUCUUCAAUUCAAAGCCUACGACGGGCUUGGUCAUUACACAGUGCCAAAGGAAAUGAGUGAGGUUUGUAAUUGGUUAACUGUAAGGCUUGGACUUGAAGGUUUACGACGAUAAACACUACAUUACAAAUAUUUCAUGGUCAACAUAUAUAGCUGAAGAAAAAGAAGAGCAUUGGUACUUGAUAUUGAGAGUUCCUGAUUGAUAAAUUGAAGUCCAUUACAAAGAUUCAUUAAUAGCUGAUGACAAAUGCAUGGGAAAGAAGUAACAGAGAGGAGGACACAGAGUUUUCAUAUAGUUAAUAUACUAUGUAUUUUGGUGAAUGCCAGCUAGGAUUUAGUUUCCAGUUUUGACUUAAAAUCUUCUGCAUAAUAAAGUUUUGGAUGUUUGCUAGCUGUUUUCAUUCACUUGUAGACACAAACUUGGCAUUUUGUUCCCUUCAAUUACACUUUUUUUAUUCUAAAA